CCCGUGGUUGUGACGGACAAGCGAUCUUACUACGUCGCGGCCGGCCAGCCAGCCGCGAGCGUUGUAGCCGCCCACGAGUUCUCUGUCAACAACGCUGACAUCAACAACGCUCCCCCCCCCAGUGACACGAUGUCUGUCGCCAUUGCACUACCAAGAUCGCAAAAUGCGAGUUGUCAGCGCGGAUGAUGAUGGCUCGACAAACAAACGCUUUGUGUGAGCGGUGACAUGCGUUGCCUUGUUCCCCCGUGCCGGGCACUGGCUCCCGUGUCGUGAGAGAUGAUGGCUCCGGAAUGUCAGGGGGAAAUGUCGGCAUCUUCGGGCAGCCCAGAGAAGGCGUGAGGCACUUGGACGGCGCCAUACACUCCCCUGCCGCAGAACACAGUAAUUUGCUGAGUGGUCGACGGCAAAGAGACUGGGAUGCUAUACGAGUCCUCCUCCCCUCUCUGGGCGUCACAGACGUCGCGGAACCUUCCUCCGAAUCGGACCCUUCACUCGACAGGAUGUUAGUGUACGUCUACUUCCUCCCUACCCUGAGUGAUUCACCAACAAACCAACCAGUAUCUCCAGCAUGUUCCGGAGUUGAGUGAGGGAUUCAAGCCCUGCAUUGCGGGCAGAGAAACGCCGCCGGAUUCAAGAGCACCUUGGCCAAUUAAAGAGCGACUGAGCUCGGACUGGCAACGGCCAAUUCAAGACUGGCAAAAACCGUCUGACAGGAGCCAAUCAGUUUACUAGACAUCUUUCAAAGGACAUUUCUUCAAAGGCGUAUAGCGCCCCCGCGUGAAUUAACUGCCCAAUCAUAUUGGGCAAACCCAAACCACAAUCGUCUUUAUGGCAACUCGGUAAUUAAUGUAAAUGUCAAUGGCUUUGCGUCAGGACGGGCGCAUCUUACAUACGCUACCCCUCUUCUGUAACAUGUGACGCAAGUAGGUAACUGUGGAUAAGAGCAAAUCUGCACUUGUAAUUAGCUUCGUAAUGUUACCUACAGACUCAACUCACGUGGCAUCGACAAUGGGACCAACUAGACCGACUGACCCAAACGAGCAGGAGACGUGGCAGAUUGCCCUGCAGAUGCUGACAGCCGCUAUAAUGUGGCUGAUGGCGGUCUUCGGCAACUGCCUCGUCAUCCUGGUGGUCCGGAGAAGCAGGCGGCUGCAGAGCACCACCAACUACUUUGUGGUGUCGCUGGCCCUCGCCGACCUAUUGGUGGCGCUCUUUUGCCUACCCGUGGUCCUGAUCCGCGUGAUCAGCCAGACUUGGCUCCUGGGCAACUUGCUGUGCAAAGUGGUGAGAUUCACGCAAUAUAUGGCGCCUAGCGUGACCGUCCUGGUCCUGGUGGGUAUAUGCGUGGACCGAUUCUACACCAUACUUUACCCCCUGAGCUUCAAGAUCACGCGCGGAAAGGCCAAGAAGAUUAUCCUGGUCAGUUGGUUCUUAGCGAUAGUUUUAUCUUGCCCAACCUUCUACUUCUUCGAAGUGGACGAGAGUUCAGGCGUUGCAGUCUGCAAUACGUAUAUCUUGUACUCGCCCGGUGGUAUCAUGUACUCGGCCUUCGUCAUGCUCGUUGAGUAUUUAUUGCCUUUGCUCAUCGUAUUCGUCAUCUACACGCGGGUCGUGCGGCACAUUUGGCGCGUGGGGAUCGGGGCCGGUUGGGCCCUGCAACGGACUACCAACGCCGUGCCGCGCACCAAAGUGAAGACGGUGAAAAUGCUCAUGAUCGUCUCUGCCGUGUACUUCGCACUGUGGGGACCUUUCUUUGUCACCCAGCUGUGGUUUGCCGCCAGCUCGUACUACACCGCCAGCCCUGAGGUUUACAUUGCCACCGUGUGGCUAGCCUUCGGUUCCAGCGCCUCCAACCCCAUCAUCUACAGCUACUACAACCCGAAUUUCCGGAGGGGCUGUCGCGAGGUGUUCUGCAUGUCCACUAUGAAGUGUUACCGUAGCAACACCUACGCCAUCACCACCUCAUCGCGGUUCUCCAAGAGGAACCACGUGGGCGUGGCGCCCAUGGCUAACUUCGCCGGGGAGCGCGGCAGGCCGCCCUCUCCCUACCGGACGUUCGACAGGGACAUGAACGGCGACAAGAAACUAGCCUGGCCCUUGCCCAUUUUGGGCCAGUCAACAUACUUAUGAUUAAAUCUUAACGAGGGGAAAUGAAUUGGUCAUUAGUGUGUGGCCAUCUGUUCGACUUCCUCUUCGAUUCCUCCCAUCGCUUUGAUACUGUCGGAAAAGAAUUUGGCAAUCCUCAUUAGGACAACUGUCUGAUCUUCGGAUUCGUCUGCAGUUUUGACGUCUUGACUUUCUCAGUACAAACAAGCCUUCUGGAAAGAAGCACCGGGGACUAUACAGCCAACGCUCUUGAAAUCACUUCAUUCCAUUCAGGCUUAAUUUCUUCAGUACAGAGAAGCCGAACCAUUCGAAAACUAGAUCCAAUUCCAUAUUCUAGACCGAUGGCGGAGCUAAGGGGACAGGGCACGCCAUGCACGGGCCCCCGCUCAAGGCCCGUGCAACCCCCCACCGCUCAGAUAUAAGUGAAGGAAAAAUCUACUGACGGUCAGCGUUUUAAUUAACUGAGGCCGAACGCACUGAAUGUCCCCCUCCAGGAAAUGAUCCAGACGCUGUUGAAUUCUGCGAAUGUACACCACAAAAACUGCGGUGUUAAACUGGUGUCAAUUUACCACCCUCAAUCUGGUAUGGUCUCCUGAUAACACCCGGGGUGUUGAAUUAACAACACAGUGUUGCAGUGCAUCACGAAGCAUCGUUCGGUGAGAGUGCACUCGUAAUUCGACACCAAUACGGGCGAUUUAUAAUAGUGCGCCUCCAAGAGUCUGCAUAUCGUUAGCUAAUCACAAUGGUCGAAUUCGGGCGGCCUGUUCUUGACACGGUUCUUGUUCUCGCGCUCGAACGGCGGGAACAUGACUCAAG